AUGCCAAGCCGACUUGAAGGUGCUGCUUACAGUAGAACAGAUUUCGACAACUACUCUGGGAGCAACGGAGACGAAUACAAGCUCAACAAGGGAGAGCUGAAACAACUAUUGAACAGUGAACUCCCCGUCUUUUCCAUUUCUCAGAAAGACCCCAUGCUACUGGAGAAGAUCAUGAAUGUUCUGGACUCCAACAAAGACAACGAGGUGGUCUUCAAUGAGUAUGUGGUUCUGGUGGCGACCCUGACCCCUGACCGUAACCUGACCGUAGCCUGCAAUGACUUCUUCCAGGAGCAGCAGAAGAAGAAAGCCAACUAA